AUGCCGCGGGCACUGGCCCCUGCUUUGUGCCUACGGUGUUACUCCCGGGCCAUCCUGGCACCUCAGCUCCGGCGCUUCGCAGACGCAGCGGCGCUCGCUGCGCGGGAGCGUGCUGACGAGCUACCCGAGCGUGCUCGAAACAAGGGCAUCAGCUCUGCCGACCCUUCGCCGGGCCAAGUGGUGGAGCUUUUUGGGACCGAGGAUGUGGAGUCCUUCCCACGGCUGCAGAAACCAUUUGUGGACAGGAUCUGGCUGUCCGCAAAAGCUGGAAACGGUGGAAGCCCAGCACCAAAUGCAAACCGACGGCCGCACCUACCCACCGGACCGGGCUACGGUGGCCAUGGCGGCAAUGUGAUUCUGAAGGCGACGACCCAGAUCGAAAGCUUCCUGGAUGUGCCCGAGAAGAUCAACGCCGAACACGGCGGAGACGGACACGACUCGUCGCGCGGGAAGUCAGGGAAGGACUAUGUGCUCCAGGUGCCUCUGGGGACGAUCAUCCGAGAGCGGGUCUUCAGUGGCGAGCGCACGUCCGAAGGUCGCCGCAUCUUCCUUCCGCAGUUCCGGUACCAGUUCCUGCGCCACGAAGACACGUACAUCGUUGCGAGAGGGGGCACAGGUGGCAUUGGACCCAAGUCGUUCAAGAAGGGCGACAGCCGGCGGCCGACCCACGGUCAGAGGGCACGUUUGGAGCUUGAGCUGCGUCUUAUGAACGACGCCACCUUGGUCGGCAUGCCCAAUGCAGGGAAGACAUCUCUCUUGGCUGCACUCAGCCGCGCGCACACGCGGAUUGGCCCCGAGGAGUUCAGCACCACAAGGCCCCACGUGGGCGUGAUCAAGUUCCGGGAUCGAGUGGAGAUUCGGCUGUGCGACCUGCCAGGCCUGUCGGAAGGAGCGCACGAGGACAAACUGAUGGGGCGGAGAAUUCUGAGGCACACUUACCGCUCCCGGGCCUUGGCCUUUGUCGUCAAUGUCGCUCGAGGAGAAUCCUCAGAGCACGACGUCCUGGCCGAGGUAGAAAUGCUGCGAGAGGAAGCCAUCCGCUUCGACCCUUUGAACGCGGAGAAGCCCUGGAUGGUGAUUGGGACGAAGUGCGACCUGCUGCACCGCGACCCUCUGUUCCACCUCGACAGCCUCUUUUACAGACUCCGGGCGCGCUACGGGGCCGAGGUGCCCGUGGUGGGAACAUCCUCGCGGUUUGGGCUUGGGCUCACGCGAACGGUGAGGAUACUGCGGCAGCUCAUCUAUCCGGAUAUGUUGGAGGCACGGCCGCGCCUGGGCGCGGAUCCGGAGCUGCAGCGGCAGCCAAAGGUUCUCCAUGGUCCCUACCUGGGCCCUCUGCCUUCGCUGGGCGAAUACGCAGACCCGCGGACGCCCUUGCCUGCGCCUGAGCCCGACGUGCCAAAGUUGACGCCGUGA